AUGGGCGGAGAAAGUUGCUCAGUGUGAUCCCGUGACGCGAAGGGAAAGGUUGCGCGCGCCGUCGGUCGGUAACCUUCCUUCCUCCUUUCUUCCAAGGUCCCGGCGAGAUCGCUCGUCGCUCGCUGUCUGGCUGACUUACUGGGUGGAUCUUGGCUGUGAAAUCGCUCGUCUGGCUUCGUCAAGGCUUCGUUUACCCGAGGUCUCGUUCGUCUUCUUCUUCGGCUUCUUUUUUUGACAGUAGGUGUCAUCGACUCAUCGUUCAGGAUGCUAAGGACGAGUUUGAUGACCGUCGGGUUUGCGACGCUAUUGAUGGUAUUGAUGAUUCCUAAUUGCCAAGCAGCCUAUUCCUGGACCUAAAGAUCCCAGGUAUCCCGACGUCAUUGUGACGCCAAAGGUCACUUGCGAUAAGGAAGGAGUGUUUCCACACCCCAGGAACUGUUCCUGGUACUACAGAUGCGUCGACCGCAUGAAUGUCGGCUUCUACUGGACCUACCACUUCGAGUGCGAGCCUGGAACGGUCUUCUCAGACGAGCUAGACCAAUGCGUCUUCCCCUUCGCCACGGGGCCGCCCUGCGGCACUGGUGGUGGAGGCCUAGCCUCCCCUAGGCCUACCCCAGCACAACCUCCUGUCACAACUCCAAAAACCACCUCUCCAGCAACGACCAAAGGCACCACGACUCCCCCUACCACUCUGGAAACGACCGUUCAGACGAUAACAAGUCCUUCGGUCACCAAAAACUUCUCCUGUUCCUUCCAGCCCGAGAAUUGUGCUGUCCAUAGGCCUUGUUUCCCCGGCGAGAGCGAAAGGGCGCUUUGCGACGGAUGCUACGUCGACGGGAUCUACGUCUCCGCGUUCUUCCUGUGCGGCGAGGAAGGCGGAAAGGUCUUCGACAGGGACAACAACGUCUGCGUCGACGAUCCCUCCCUGAACCCCAACUGCCCACUCUUGGACACAACAACUACAGCCACUCCUCCCCCAACAACAGUGCCCAUAACUACAACAAACAGACCUACAACUAUAAAUGUCACGAAGGAAUUCUACGUCCAUUGCACUCUCGAUAACCUAAGGCCAUCAGCUGACUGGAUUACGGAGAGGUUUUGUAAUCAGCUUUUCCUUUGCACACCGGACGGAAAAUACAAGGGGGCAAUAACUCUGUGUGACAAUUACUACGAGUGUUCGUUCGGUGAAGACGGGAGGUGGGGCUUGAUUUUGAUGAGCUGCCCCAAGGAGUUGUACUUCAGCUACAAAGAUGACAGAUGCGUUGAAAGACCUUCAGAAGACGAAAUAUGCCAAUUUGUCAGACGGUAAGAUAAUUCGGAGGACUGAGUGAUAAUAAAACGUCUGUGAUUAAUUGAGUUUAUCAAGCUUUCUCUUCGGCACUGAUGUCUUAUUUGAGUGAUGAAAAAUACUUAUUCAUGACAUAUAAGAAUUCCGUAUUAAUGUAAGUAAAACUGACAAAAAAUGAAUAAAUGCCUAAAUUGUCAAGAUAUCCGUAAACUAAGAAUUUUUUUCAUAUCUUGGAAAAAAUACAGAUUUUAGUAUUUUAGUUUUUUUGUCGACUUUACUUACGUUACUGUGGAGUUUGUGUCGAUUAUAAAAAUGAAAAUUAUGAGGGAAAGCCUAGAAAUCCAAAAUAUUAUCUGGAAGAAGAAGAAGAAGAAGAAGAAGAAGAAGAAGGAGUUUUUUUGUUGAUUUUACUUACAUUAUAGUAGGGUUUCUAUGUCAUAUAUGAAAAAAACUUUGAGAAACCAAAAAAGUCCAAAAUAUAAUCCGGAAGAAGAAGAAGAAGAAGAAGAAGAAGAAGAAGAAGAAGAAGAAGAAGAAGAAGAAUGUCAUUUAUCUUAUUCUUAAUCCCUAUUCACUUAGAAUUGGGCAUGAGAAUGCCAGCCCCGUCGGACUUUCACUUGGAAACUUUCUACCCUCUAGGGAAUGACUUGUUCAUAUUAUUAAGCUUUUUAUUGAUCUUAUUUUGGAUAUGGUACAAAGGCCUACAAAAUGUUGUUAUGUUAAUUUAAUUGCUGCUUAAUUGUUAACGUCUUUAAUUGCGUUUUUUGGCUUUAUUUAUUAGUAAGCAUUAUUGCGUUUUAAAAGCGUAAGUUUAUUUAGGUCGACAGUUUGCAUUUGUUAAAUGGUUUCUAUUUUGCCUCAAGCAACCAACUGUGUAUAUGCUUUCGCUAAUAUUAUACAUACAUACAUACAUACAUACAUACAUACAUACAUACAUACAUACAUAUACAUAUACAUAUACAUAUACAUAUAUAUAUAUAUAUAUAUAUAUAUAUAUAUAUAUAUAUAUAUAUAUAUUAAUUCUAAUUUCAAAAAGACCAAGUAACGAAGCUUGGAGGUCAUAAUCAAUACUAGCCCUAUCAUAAUGAUAUGAAAACAUAUUCAUCAGCAAAUUAUUAAAAGAUAUUUAAUAUAUUAUAAACUAUUUAUUUAAAACUGACCUGUCAUUAAACAUAAUUGUUAUCUAUUUUUAAGUUUCAAUACAAUAGUUUAUCAGAAGGUUAAGUGAUUAUAAUUGUAAACAUUCAAGGUUUUAAAAAUAUGUAUCUUAAGUUUUCUUUUAUAUAAUUUCAAAAUGUAAAAUGAGAUGGACAUUAAAUUAGGCAUUAUAUAAAGGUUUUCUCAGUUCUGUGAUAACUGAGAAAUUUCUGUUGUUAUGUGCACUAAUUAUCUGUUAUUUUAUUUGUGUAAAAAUGUUAACAUUUCGAAAUGAUUUAAAACUAUAAGAACUUG